AUGCUCUUCCCCUGAUAGGUCGCGCGCAUCAGGAAGCGUUUCUCACUAUCCCAAGCGACGACCUCCAAAAGCACCGGUGCGAUAUUAACGUAACCGCUCACCGUGCCAGCAUCUCUCAUCCGUGUCCCGGGGCCGUGUCUCAGAUACUUGCGAACAUUCCCGCUGCGUUUGAGAGCGUUUGCCCACAGACCCCGCGAUAUGGCCGCGUACAAGCUGGUGCUGAUCCGCCACGGCGAGAGUUGCUGGAACCAGGAGAACCGAUUCUGCGGCUGGUUCGAUGCCGACCUGAGCGAAACCGGAGAGGAGGAGGCCAGGAGGGGCGGACAGGCCCUGAAAGAUGCGGGUUACGAGUUUGACGUCUGCUACACGUCCGUGCUGAAGCGAGCGAUCCGCACGCUGUGGCUGGUGCUGGACAGCAUCGAUCAGAUGUGGCUGCCGGUGAACCGCACCUGGCGUCUGAACGAGCGCCACUACGGCGGCCUGACGGGCCUCAACAAGGCCGAGACGGCGGCCAAACACGGCGAGGCGCAGGUGAAGAUCUGGAGGCGCUCCUUCGACACCCCGCCGCCACCCAUGGACCCCGACCACGACUUCUACACCACCAUCAGCAAGGACCGGCGCUACGGGGACCUGACGGAGGACCAGCUGCCCUCGUGCGAGAGCCUGAAGGACACUAUCGCCCGAGCUCUGCCCUUCUGGAACGAGGAAAUCGUUCCUCAAAUCAAGGAGGGCAAGAGGGUUCUCAUCGCUGCCCACGGAAACAGCCUGCGAGGCAUCGUCAAACACCUGGAGGGAAUGUCAGAGGAGGCGAUUAUGGAGCUGAACCUUCCCACAGGAAUCCCCAUCCUAUACGAGCUGGACAAGAACCUGAAGCCCGUGAAGCCCAUGCAGUUCCUGGGAGACGAGGAGACCGUCCGCAAAGCCAUGGAGGCCGUCGCCGCUCAGGGCAAAGCCAAGAAGUAGGCCGAGACGUCCCGUGUUUAAGCUCUAAUCCCCCACAAUCAGUGUUUUAACCGUGAGCCUACCUAGAACCAAACCAGUGACCAAUCAUUUCUUUCCUAAUGCUCUCAAUCGGGACCAUGCUAAUAAAGUUACUGCUUGAAUGUGUGUAUGUGCAGUGAAACUGAGCCACAGUGUGUUUAUAGUCUCUGCACUGAAAAUCCACGGCCGCACAUUUCAGAAGAUGGCACGUUUGUGUGUCCGCGAUGGCAUCGCUUUAACUACUGUUGCCAGGCGACGGCAUAUAUUAAUGGUUGGGUGGGCUGCAGAAGUGCUGCGUUCUCCCAUCUUCCUGUGAUUCAUGCAUUGUCCCGCUGCUCUAGAUCUCUGCUCGCCCACAGACACGCUCCUGAAAUACCCAACACGAGAAGAAACACGGUUCAUUUUUAGGAUUCUCCUACAUCUAGAGAUUCACUGCAGAUUAUUUUCCUGUGGGCUUUUUUGGGGGAUGUUUAUGGUCAAUUUUCUCUCACUGUUUAUAUGGUAAAUGCUGCUGAUGUGUGAUGUUCAUGUUAAGUUUAAUUCAUUUCGGCCCUGCAAAUAUUCACCAUAGCGUAAAUAUUAUUGAACAUUGUGGCCCAGAAAAGAAAUGCUCAUGUUGUCUGUUCCUUUUCACUUGUACAACAAAUGUUGAGAUUAUUUUGCUUGACUGAAAUGUAUGUACAAUAGUGUGAGUUGAUGUGCAAUCCCUAAUAAAUGUUGGCUUACUGAACCAGAAA